AUGAGUGGCGACAUCAUAUGCCUGCAAAAGAGGGUGCCAUACGCGGAAUACCGUGAUCUCGAGCAUCCUACUGUGCGGAGCUUUCUGGAGUACAUCAAAGACGGAAUAUCAGUCAAUUUCAGGCCACUGAGCAGCCCCAAGGAAGAGGGCUUCCUCCUGGAGUUCCUGAAGACGGCGAGCUAUGACAACGUGUGCAGCGAGCUCGCGCAGCACCUCGGGCUUGAUGAUCCCCAGAAACUGCAGCUGACACAGCACAACAUGUACGCUCACCAGCCCCACAGGAAUCCAAUCAAAUACCAUGGAGCGGACAACCUGGAGGCCAUGAUCAUGCGCCACUGCCCCAACAUCCUGUACUACGAGAUCCUGGACGUGCCCUUGCCUGAGCUGGAGAGGUUGAAGUGCCUGAGAGUGCAAUUCCACAAUGAGAAAUGCGAGUGCGUUGGGGAGCACCAGGUGCGCCUACCAAGGGACAAGGGUGUGGGCGACCUGCUGGGAGAGCUGAGAAAGGAGCUUGGGGAGGAGUACGAGGGGAAGCCCAUGCGGCUGAUGGAGGUGUACCACGGCAAGAUUUUCAAGGUGCUCAGGCACGACACCACCCUGGACACCCUGAACGCGGACUACUGGCAGUACCGGGCGGAGGUCAUUCCCGAAGACGAGCGGGAGGCCCACCCCGGUGAGCACAACCUCCUCCACGUGUGCCACUUCAGGACGGACGAACGCUCCGACGGCAUUGCCACCGCCUUCGGGGACCCCUUCUGGCUGCGCGUGCGGCGGGGCGAGACCCUAGCAGACAUAAAGCCGCGCAUCCAGGACAAGCUGGGCGUGCCCGGCGACGACUUCGCUAAGUGGAAGUUCGCGUUCAGCGCCCGGCAGAUGCACCACCCGUUGGAGCACCUGGACGACGGAGACGACGUGCUGUCCAGGUUUCCGCGCACGCCCCUGUUCUCACUGAACAACUGCCGGUACUACGGCGGAGAGUACUGUUUCCUGGGGCUGGAGCAUCGGGACAUGCGGCCCCAGAGGGCUGCGCAGCAUGGUAAGUACACUUUCGAGAGGCCCCUGAGGAUCAACAACUAG